AUGGGCAAACCUAUCCAUUCGUCAGGCCACUAUUGUGCUGACAACAACCUUAUGCAGCAUUCUGCCGACCUGCCCGAGUGUUGCCCGGCCUCAGUUACCGCUGGGUUGCCGGGCCGAUCAGGCAGCGGUGGCGGGACAAGCGAAGCUGGUUGCGCCGGCGUGGGCGUGGGCGUCUGCAUGUCUCCUUUAUGCAAUCUUCAGGGCGGAUUAGGCAAGAUGGCCGAGUACGUGAAUGCGCCUGUACACGAGGGUCUGAGGUGUGUGCGAAUGUGUGCGCUUGCGACGGUAAUAGGUGACACGGGCCGGACAUCAAUCGGACACAACAAAUGCGGGAGACAUUUGCAAUAA